UCUAGGGCUUGCCUGCUCCCGACCGCUGCUCCCUGAUAUCCCUCCAGACUACUUACCACCCGGCGGGAGACAUUCCUCCCCCUUUUUGCUGCCCGUAGCCUCCUCACCCUCCCUGUGUCGCCCUUUGUCGCCUUGGCACCUUCACUCUCCACCCUGCCCAGCACUUUCCUUCAGGCUGGAUAUUGACUAGCCUUACCACCCUGCCUCGGCAGCACCAAAUUAGACUAGCGCCUUCAGACCCAUCCAUCUGGCUUUGUCAUCUGCAUCAUCUCACCUGUUCAUCUCAACUCUGUCCAUUCAGUCUACCACCCACCUCCACUCAACAUCCUCACCAAAAUUCAACCCAGGCCUUCCUCCCCAUCUCCUCUCAGGGGCUUCCUCCAUGGUCACUCUGAAUGUCCUCUACACCUGCCUCACUCAGCCUUAGCCCCAGGCCUCUCUGUCAUUGCUCCUUUGUUGUCUUCUACAGCUGUCUCCUGGUUGUCCUUACCGCAGUCCCUUGACCUCUAGUCAUAUUUUUCUACCCCAUCAAUGACAAACCCUAGCCCAGAAUUCCCUCUGCCUAUGACCAGAGACACCCUGCCAGCUCUGUUCUGGCAGUCUUUAGGAUGGGGCCUAGCCGUCUCCCUCAGCCUGCUCAUCCCCUUUCUCUUCCUCCUGGUCUGGUCUCUCCUAGCCUGCCAUUCCAGCAGGUUACCCUGUCCUCUUAUGUCCUGUCCUCAGCCUAUGGCACCCUCUCCUACUUUUCUUCCCCAGCAGGUGCCCUGGCAGAGUCAUGGAGCUGAACACAAAAAAGAAGCUUCAUGCCCUGUCCUUGGCUGAGAAAAUCCAAGUGCUGGAACUCCUGGAUGAGUCCAAGAUGUCCCAGUCAGAGGUGGCCCGGCGCUUCCAGGUCUCCCAGCCCCAAAUCUCACGGAUCUGCAAGAAUAAGGAGAAGUUGCUGGCAGACUGGUGUAGUGGCACAGCCAACCAUGAGCGCAAGCGGAAGCGGGAAUCCAAAUACAGUGGGAUCGAUGAGGCUCUGCUCUGCUGGUACCACAUUGCCCGAGCCAAGGCCUGGGAUGUAACAGGGCCCAUGCUGCUCCACAAGGCCAAGGAGCUGGCCGAUAUCAUGGGCCAGGAUUUCGUGCCCAGCAUUGGCUGGCUGGUCCGCUGGAAACGCCGAAACAAUGUGGGCUUUGGGGCUCGCCAGGUCCUUGUCCCUCUGUUCCCUCCUGAACCACCGCCCCCUGGGCUUCUAUCCCAGGUCCAGCCACCUCUUUCCCUUAAAGACUUCUCACCAGAAGAUGUUUUUGGCUGUGCUGAAGUGCCCUUGUUGUAUCGGGCAGUGCCUGGCAGAGUGCUGGCAUGUGAUCGGUUGCAGGUACUGCUGUGUGCCAACAGCAGAGGCACAGAAAAGCGAAGGGUAUUUGUGGGUGGGCUCCAGGCUGCCCCAAGAUGCUUCUUUGGAGUCAACAGUGAAGCACUACCUGCCUCUUAUCACCCUGAUCUUGCCAUCCCCUGGUCAGAGUGGCUGGCACAGUUUGACCAGGACAUGGGACAGCAGGGCCGACAGGUAGCCUUGCUUCUGGCUGCGGGAGUGGCCGAGGAAUGGGCCAGCCUUCCUGGACUCCACCAUGUACGACUCCUGCCUCUCUCUGCCUCCAGCACCACACCUUCCCUGCCUGGCUCUGUGGUUUUGGCCUUUAAGGCCCAUUACCGUCACCGUCUGCUGAGCAAACUGGCUGCCAUGCAGCGUGGGAGAAAGGGCACCUCACUGGCUGACGCCAGGGCCAACAUCACAGUAUUAGAUGCUCUGCAUAUGGUGGCUGCAGCUUGGGCCAAGGUGUCUCCUCAGCUCAUUUUGAGCAGCUUCAUUCAUGAAGGGCUCGCUCCAGGCAAAACAGCGCCGUCUCUGAACAAAGACACAGAGAUGUCACCAGUCCCAAGUGGGCUGAGUCAGGAGGAGUUUUCCCACUUUGUAGACCUGGAGGAUGAGGACCCAGGGCCUAGAGUAUGCAAAGAGGAGACUGGUACUGAAGACAUCGGGAGGGAAGAAGAUGGCUUUGAGUCCCUGCCCACCAAAGCUGAUGCCCUGAGAGCACUGUGUACCUUGAGGAGGUGGCUUGAAUGUAACAGCACCUCUCCAGAGCCCUUUGAAAAAUUCUAUGAUUGUGAGGUGGAGGUGGAGCAGCUCUGCUGUCUGUGAAGAAAUGUGGCAGCCUGCAGAAUUGCCCUCUCCUGUUUCCCAUGGAAACACCUCCAGAGGCAGACUGGCUCUUUCCUGUGGAAACAGCAUGUGGAGGGUGUAGAAGGGAAGGGAGUUUGGGACAAAAAGUCUAAGGUCAGGGUAAAAGUUGGUUAAGCCCAGUCUGUCUCUACAGUUGGGGCCUCAAGAGUGGGAAUCUGGACUGUGUAGCUUCUAGGCAAACUCUGGGGGCAGUUAGUCUAGAGAGGCUGGAGCCUAGAAAGGUGGACUUCUGUGUUUGUUUUUCAAGACAGGGUUUCUCUGUGGCUUUGGAGUCUGUUCUGGAACUAGCUCUUGUAGACCAGGCUGAUCUUGAACUCACAGAGAUCCGCCUGCCUCUGCCUCCCAAGUGCUGGGAUAAAAGAUGUGUGCCACCACUGCCCAGCAAAAGGUAGACUUCUAACAGAUGGCCCCAAUCCCUAAAAUUUUGUCAAAGCCAAGUCUGCUUCUGGAAAUAAAAUUUUUAACCAGGAAGGAGGUCAGGAUGUGGAUUUCCUUUCUUUCUCUCUUUCUCUUUCUUUCUUUCUUUCUUUCUUUCUUUCUUUCUUUCUUUCUUUCUUUUUGAAAUGGGGUCUCAUGUAGUCUAGGCUGGCCACGAACUUGCUGUGUAAAUGAAGCUGAUUCUGAAUGUCUUAAUCUGCUUGCCUCCCACUCCCAAGUUCCAGGGUUAUAGGGAUUUUUCCACCAUACCCUGAUUUAUGUGGUGCUAGGUUAAACCCAACCCAGGGUUUUGAGCGUACUGAACUAGUACUGUACCAACUGAGUCACGUCUCAGUUUCUCAGGGCAUGGUUUACAUGAGAAAAGGGUGAAGUCUUCAGACUUUACACAUGGACCCUCCUCGUGGGCCACACCUAUGAGAAGGAAAGUUGACCCAAAUAUUUGGCAGCUCUUAUCAUUUCAGUAUCAGAUCAUGUGUGGUACAGAGGCAAGCCAGGGAAAUAAGAUCUGGAUUCACUCAUUAUAAUUUUUCAAACACUUGUUCGUUCACCACAGUUCCUUUCAUCAAGGCCUUCUAUGUGACAAGAUUCCAAAGGUGACAUCUUUGCUAAGCAGGACCGGAAAGGCUAUGGCAGACUUGUGCAGAGUACUUUGGCCCCAAAGCUGGGUGAAACCCAGUAGAGGUGAGCUGUUUUUGUUGUUUGUGUGUGGGUGUUGCUUUUGUUUUUGAGACAAGGUCUCACUCUGUAGAUCGGGCUGGCUUUAAACUCCUAGAGAUCUACUGCCUCUGCCUUCUGAGUGUUACAUUAAAG